CAGGGGCCUCGGUGAUGGGGGUCUUUUCAGUGUGGUAGGGGUCUUGUGGGUUAAUAUUUCCUCAGGCUUUCGGUGGUCAUGGCCUUUUCGGUCAUGCCAUGUGGUGUGCUUGGUUACUUAUAUGGCAGCCAUUGGGGCUAGGUGAGCAUGCCACUCAUGCUAUCUCUAUCAUUUCUAUCCACCUUUCUGCAGGAUGGACCAGAAUAUGAAAAACGGAAAAGGACUCCAUUUGUUCCCCCAGAUAUCACUCUCUCGGAAGUACACGCUGUCGUUCCGCAACACCUUCGCUCCAAGGACACCUUGAAAGGCCUGUCGGUCGUUGCUCGUGACGUCUUUCUUGCUUUCUCGUUGUACACCCUUUCAGAGUACAUUCCCACGACUUCCUCCUUUCUCGCGCAACGUAUCCAUGACACACUUUGGCUGCAAAGUCUCUUCAAAUGGAGCCUCUGGGCAACAUAUUGGCAAUGUCAAGGCAUCCUCUUUACUUCUCUGUGGUGCCUGUCGCAUGAAAGUAGCCACGGGAACCUAUCGUCGCGAGGUUGGAUUAAUGAUGGAGUCGGUUUUUGCUUGCACACUUCCUUGCUCGUCCCUUACUUUCCAUGGAAAUCUUCGCAUAUAGCACAUCACAAAGCGACCGUUUCUCUUGAACGUGACACUGUUUUUGUGCCGCCUACACGUUCUCACUUCAAGCUACCCCCCGAAGCCGUUGCACGAACAAAGGACUACCACGAGAUUCUGGAAGAAACACCAAUUUAUACUUUUUAUCGUAUGUUCCUCAUGCAGAUAUUCGGCCUUCUCUUCUAUUUCGUUUUCGACGCGAGGGGAUCCCCGAAACACCCACCCGGAACUAAUCACUUUAACCCAUAUUCUACCAUAUUCAAACCUCGUGAACGUAUAGGGGUCGUCGCUAGUGACGCUGGCUUGCUUGCUAUGAUCGCCUUGUUGUACUUAUGGUCGCGGAACGUCGGAUUCGGACAGCUUGCGAGGAUAUACCUGUUACCAUGGCUGCUCACUAACCAUUGGAUUGUUAUGCUCACCUAUCUACAUCACGCCGAUCCAACAGUUCCUUACUACCGUCGGGGUGCAUGGACGUUUUUGCGGGGUGCUCUCGCCACCGUUGACAGACCCCUCCUUGGUUGGAUUGGUCGUGUCUUCUUUCACAACGUUUCCCACAACCACGUCUCUCAUCACAUCUUUUCCGACAUUCCUUUUUACAAUCAGCCGGAAGUUACGGCGCGUAUAAGGACCGUUCUUAAAGAUCAUUACAAUUUUGAUUCGACGAAUACGUUUCGAGCUCUGUACCGCACUUUCACACAGUGCGAAUUCGUCGAGGACGAGGGUGACGUUGUGUUUUACAAGAACAGAGAGGGGAAGCCUGCCCGAGAGGUUGCUCAACUUACUGGUGAUAGUAGAUGAAUUCGGACUCUCACAUUUGUACAAAUUUCCAUUUGCUUUGUGACGCUGCUUUCUUUGCUUGCAUGCUAUUUACAUUACGCUGCGCGAUUUAAGUUAGACCGGUUCAUUAAUUACUUCAGGAACUUUAUAGAACUUGUUGCUCACCGUGUAUCCAUACUACUAAGUAUAUCGUGUACUAUGCUACCUUGAGCGUAGCGUAUUCGGCUUCCUCCAGAGAUGCUGCACACUUGUAGCUGACCCGGAUGUCGAGCGAGACGGCGUGGGAGAGGCAGUGGAAAACCAC